CGCCGGGAUGGGGCUGCGCCCCGCCGCGCUGGCGCUGCUCGCCCUGGCGGCCGCCGCCGCCUCCGCGCUGCCGCUGCCGCUGCCCGACGCCGGCCCGCACCUCAACUACGGCUGGGGAGAGCCCAUCCGGCUGCGGCACCUCUACACCGCCAGCAAGCACGGGCUCUUCAGCUGCUUCCUGCGGAUCGGAGCCGACGGCCGGGUGGACGCGGCCGGCAGCCAGAGCCCGCAGAGUCUGCUGGAGAUCCGGGCCGUGGCCGUGCGCACCGUGGCCAUCAAGGGCGUGCAGAGCUCCCGGUACCUGUGCAUGGACGAGGCGGGGCGGCUGCACGGGCAGCUCAGGUAUUCCACUGAAGACUGUUCCUUUGAGGAGGAGAUUCGCCCAGACGGCUACAACGUGUAUAGAUCCAAAAAACACGGAAUAUCAGUGUCUUUGAGCAAUGCCAAACAAAGACAGCAGUUCAAGGGAAAGGAUUUCCUUCCCCUGUCUCACUUCUUGCCCAUGAUCAACACUGUGCCCAUGGAGUCAGCAGACUUUGGUGAAUAUGGUGAUUACAGCCAGGCCUUUGAGCCAGAGGCGUUCUCCUCGCCCCUGGAGACGGACAGCAUGGACCCCUUUGGCAUCGCCUCCAAACUGUCCCCAGUGAAGAGCCCCAGCUUCCAGAACUGACUGUGCUCCCACACAUUUUCACAGAAAUAUUGAAGAGUACUGCCGGGUUUGUAGCUUUCUGUGUAGUGAUAUUUGAGAACUUUUUUGUGUGUUUGAGUAUGGAGCCAGCCUCAUCCUUGUUGUAGCUGUAAGAGAUGAGUGCCAGUAGGCUGUUCUGUAGUCUAAAGAAUUUCCUAUCCAUAGUUUUGUUUGGAAAAGGAGGAUUAAAUACGAAAAGUUUAGCAGCCUUAUCAGGAUUCCUCCAUAAGUGGUGAUAAAAUAACUAAUUUUUCUCCACCAGCUUCACUUCCAUAUAUAUUAACCUGUUAUAGCUGCUUGUACGAGCAAAUGCAGAAAACCUUUUCCGCUUCAGAGACCUCAAACUCAAACACGUGGACCAAAACUAGAUGAAGGAAAACAUCCAGCCAGAUGUGACUUGAGCUGAUGCUGCUUCUUAAAAGGCUGCUAACAACAUUCUGGGGAAAACUUUCUAUGGAAAGCAUACUACUGAAAAAACAAAUCUGCUUGUAUAUUGUGCUUUUUCUUCCCUUUGAAAGUAGGAGAAGAAAGGGAAAAAUUUCUCCCCUUACUGCUAAGAAAUACUUUGGGAAACUUGAUUGUUGGUUUCUUUUGUAGGCUAAAUUAUGUUCUCUGAGGCAUCAGAAUCAUCCAGCAGAGAGUUCUCGUCAAAAUCAGUGAGGAUUCAGUUUGUGGUUGGAAAGGUGCCCAGGGAUAGAAUUGAUGUUCAUCAGGUAGGGAAUGAGCAGCUCAAAUGAAUGUUUAAAUGAAGAUUCUGUUGUAUAUAAGCAUGUAUAUGUCAUUAGCAAACAGAAAAACACUGAGAACGGAUGUAUAGGUCAAAUCAGUUGUAAAAUAGGUUUUUGUGUUUAACCUUUAACCACCAGGAAUUUUUUCAAGUUACUUCCAGGCUUGAUUCAGCAUCCAUGGGAAUCAGUGGUGAGAUGGUUUAGUGAGUUAAAAGCUGCAGAACUGGGUCAGGAUUCCUCUUGAAAGAAAGGAUUGUGAGUAUCUCUGGCCAAGGCACCUGAUGUCUUCAAGUUCUGUUGUCCCUCUGAAAAGAGUCAAUGAAGGGAUAACCAAGGUGAAAGCAAAGGAAAAAAAAAAGAAAGAAAAAAAGGAAAAAAAAAAAGAAAAAAAGCUCUACACAAAAUACUGGUGUUCUUCUGACCUAGCACUUCAUUGCCAAUGCAAUAUUUAUAAUUAAUUUAUUGAAUACGUACAUCUGUUUAUUUUGUUACUGUUAUUUAUGCUCAAAAUUCUAUUUAUAUACUUCUGAAGGUGGGUUUUUUAGUUGUAACAAAUCUUGUGAAGUUUUGUAAUCAACAGAAUUUUAGCCAACAAUAGCCAAUUUUUAGCCAAUUUUUAAAUAGCCAUAAUUUUAGCUAAUUUUUAAAUCUCUGUGCAUUAUCAUUAGUGUAAUGUGUACAUUUGCAAUA